UUUCCCAGCGUGGAAGUUUUGGCUAAAAGUCUCUCCUCCAGUAACUAAAACUAUAAAUACAGUUUUGACUCUUUUUAACACACUUUAUACAAACAAACUCCUCAACGGCUAACUUUCCGCUUCACUCUCACUCUCUCUCUCUUUCUGCUCAUAUCCCGUCAUUCUUUCUGGAGAGAGUCUUCACACAUAGAUCGUGGUAGCUCUGCUCUCGCAGUGGACCUCUCAGCCAUCCACUAUGAGGCUUCGUCUAAGCCUUUUCCAGGUGUUAUUUAUUGUUUGCUUAGUACAUGCUGAGCGGUCUGAUGUUAGGUUUCUUUUGACACCUAAUAACGUAGAAGGAGAAAGCCAUGCUGAAGGAUAUUGUGCGAUGUAUGACAUUUGCGGAAAACGCGCUGAUGGAAAAGUAUUGAACUGUCCUCAUGGUUCCCCAUCUGUGAAGCCUGAUGAUUUGCUCUCAGCAAAGAUCCAAAGUUUAUGUCCAACGAUUACUGGCAAUGUUUGUUGUACAGAAGCUCAGUUCGAGACAUUACGCACACAAGUCCAGCAAGCGAUUCCUUUUCUAGUAGGUUGUCCAGCAUGCUUGAGAAACUUUUUGAAUUUAUUCUGUGAGCUUACGUGCUCGCCAAAUCAGAGUUUAUUUAUCAAUGUGACUUCUGUUUCUAAGGUUAAUAACAAUUUGACCGUGGAUGGCAUUGAUUUUUAUGUAACUGACAAUUUUGGUGAAGGGUUAUACGACUCCUGCAAGGAUGUAAAGUUUGGUACCAUGAAUUCUCGAGCUCUAGAAUUUAUCGGUGCUGGUGCUCAAAAUUUUAAAGAUUGGUUUGCUUUUAUAGGCAGACGAGCGCUGCCUAAUGCUCCGGGUUCACCAUAUGCCAUCAAAUUUGGGUCAAGUAUCGAUGAGUCUUCUGGAAUGAGACCUAUGAAUGUAUCUACUUACUCAUGUGGUGAUAUUUCACUGGGCUGUUCCUGUGGUGAUUGCCCUUUGUCUCCAGUGUGUUCAAAUGCAGUUCCUCCUACUUCUCAAAACGCAGGUUCUUGCUCAGUGAGAAUUGGCUCCCUUAAGGCUAAAUGCAUUGACUUGGCUGUGGCUAUCCUAUACAUUAUAUUGGUUUCUAUAUUUUUGGGAUGGCGUUUGUUUCAUUUGAAUCGGAAAAAGAACCCAGCUUCUAGAACAAAACCAUUAUGGAAUGUGAUGGAGGGUGGUGAACUUCAAUCUGUUGCACAGCAAAAGGAAGAGAAUCCUUCAAUGCAGAUGCUAGAAGAUGCCCCCCAUACCCGAAAUGGCGUGCGACUUUCAUUUGUUCAAGGAUACAUGUCAAAUUUUUACAGGAGAUAUGGAACAUGGGUUGCUAGGCAUCCAGUUACUGUGUUAUGUUCAUCCUUAGUGAUUGUUUUUGUACUUUGUUUGGGUCUAAUCCGUUUCAAGGUGGAGACACGACCAGAGAAGCUAUGGGUGGGUCCUGGGAGCAAAGCAGCAGAAGAGAAGCAAUUUUUUGAUAGCCGCCUAGCCCCAUUUUACAGAAUUGAACAGCUUGUAUUAGCAACAAUUCCCGAUCAAUCUCAUGGAAAAUCACCAAGUAUUGUGACGGAGAACAACAUCAAAUUACUAUUUGAGAUACAAAAGAAGGUUGAUGAAAUUCAUGCUAAUUAUUCCGGUACAACAAUAUCUCUUGCUGAUAUUUGCAUGAAGCCACUGGACCAAGACUGUGCCACUCAAAGUGUGUUACAGUAUUUCAAAAUGGAUCCUGACAACUAUGACGAUUAUGGUGGAGUUGAACAUCUUAACUAUUGCUUUGAGCAAUAUUCCUCUGCUGACAAAUGUAUGAGUGCAUUUAAAGCCCCUCUUGAUCCCAGCACUGCAUUAGGAGGUUUCUCGGGUAACAACUUUUCUGAGGCAACAGCAUUUAUAAUAACUUAUCCCGUAACAAAUGCUGUUGAUAAAGAAGGGAAUGAAACUAAAAAGGCAGUGGCUUGGGAAAAAGCUUUUAUCCAGCUAGCAAAGGAUGAGUUGAUGGAAAUGGUGCAAUCUAAAAAUUUAACACUUUCCUUCUCAUCAGAAAGUUCAAUUGAAGAAGAAUUAAAAAGAGAAAGCACUGCAGAUGCCAUUACUAUAUUGAUAAGCUAUCUAGUGAUGUUUGCCUACAUAUCUCUUACUUUGGGUGAUACACCUUCUUUAUCCUCCUUUUACAUCUCAUCUAAGGUAUUGCUUGGUCUCUCUGGAGUUGUGCUUGUCAUGCUCUCUGUUGUUGGGUCAGUUGGAUUUUUCAGUGCUAUUGGAGUAAAAUCUACUCUUAUCAUUAUGGAAGUUAUACCUUUUCUUGUUCUAGCUGUUGGGGUGGAUAAUAUGUGCAUCCUGGUGCAUGCUGUUAAAAGGCAACCAAUGGAGUUGCCUUUAGAAGGGAGAAUAAGCAAUGCACUUGUGGAAGUUGGACCAUCCAUAACAUUAGCUAGUCUAUCCGAAGUCCUAGCAUUUGCAGUGGGAAGUUUUAUUCCUAUGCCAGCAUGUCGAGUGUUUUCCAUGUUUGCAGCACUUGCUGUUUUUUUGGACUUCCUCCUGCAAGUUACUGCUUUUGUUGCUUUGAUAGUAUUUGACUUCUUACGAUCUGAGGAUAAGCGGGUUGAUUGUUUUCCAUGUUUGAAAGUUUCAUCUUAUGCCAAAUCUGAUAGAGGCGUUGGUCAGAGAAGAUCUGGUUUGUUGGCAAGAUAUAUGAAGGAGAUCCAUGCACCUAUUCUCAGCAUCUGGGGAGUAAAGAUAGUUGUCAUUUCUAUCUUUGUCGCUUUUACAUUGGCUAGCAUAGCAUUAUGCACCAGGAUUGAACCUGGUUUGGAACAGAAGAUUGUUCUUCCCCAAGAUUCUUACCUUCAGGGGUAUUUCAAUAAUGUUUCAGAAUAUCUCAGAAUUGGACCCCCACUAUACUUUGUUGUGAAGAACUAUAAUUAUAGCUCAGAGUCAAUACAUACAAACCAGUUGUGCUCAAUUAGCAAAUGCAAUUCAGACUCUCUUUUGAAUGAGAUUGCUAGAGCAUCACUAACUCCAGAAUCAAGUUACAUUGCUAAGCCAGCUGCUUCAUGGCUUGAUGAUUUUCUUGUGUGGAUAUCCCCAGAAGCAUUUGGUUGCUGUCGGAAGUUUACAAAUGGGAGUUAUUGCCCCCCUAAUGAUCAGCCUCCUUGCUGUUCUUCCAAUGGUGGUCCUUGUAGCUUGGGUGGAGUCUGCAAAGAUUGUACCACGUGCUUUCGCCAUUCAGAUCUUCCUAGUGAUCGUCCAUCUACCUCACAAUUCAAGGAUAAACUUCCAUGGUUCCUUGAUGCUCUACCCUCUGCUGACUGUGCAAAAGGUGGUCAUGGAGCUUACACUAGCAGUGUGCAACUGAAAGGCUAUGAAACUGGUGUUAUUCAAGCAUCAUCGUUUCGAACAUAUCAUACACCUUUGAACAAGCAGAUUGAAUAUGUGAAUUCAAUGAGGGCUGCACGAGAGUUCAGUUCAAGGGUUUCUAAUUCGUUAAAGAUCGAAGUAUUCCCAUAUUCGGUAUUUUAUAUGUUUUUUGAGCAAUAUCUUGAUAUUUGGAAGACAGCAUUGAUCAACCUUUCUAUAGCUAUUGGAGCAGUAUUUGUUGUUUGUCUAAUUAUCACAUGCAGUUUAUGGAGCUCAGCAAUUAUUUUACUGGUUUUGGCGAUGAUUGUUGUGGAUCUCAUGGGCGUGAUGGCAAUUCUUGAAAUCCAAUUGAAUGCAAUCUCUGUUGUAAACCUUGUUAUGUCAGUGGGCAUUGCUGUUGAGUUUUGUGUGCAUAUAACACACGCUUUCUCGGUGAGCAGUGGAGAUAAAGAACAACGUACUAAGGAGGCUUUGGGUACGAUGGGAGCCUCUGUCUUUAGUGGUAUAACUCUAACGAAGCUAGUUGGUGUGAUCGUUCUUUGCUUCUCAAGAACGGAAGUUUUUGUGGUGUAUUACUUUCAAAUGUACCUAGCUUUGGUUCUUCUUGGUUUCUUGCAUGGUCUUGUAUUUUUACCGGUAGUACUGAGCAUGUUUGGUCCACCUUCAAGAUAUGUUAUCGAACCGCAAGAAAGUCGGCAAUCUGCUUCAUCACAACUCUAAGACGCCUGAUUUAUUUAUCAUAUCACAAGAAUCUUUUCUUUUUGUAGGGUUGAGAUUUUCCACGGAGACUUUUUGUAUGACAAAAGGCAUAGAAUAUUAAGUUAGCUCAACUUGUAAAUUAUAUAAUAUUCUACGGGCGAUGAAAAGAAAUCAACAAGGAAGAAAAUUAAAAAAAAAAAAAAAAAUUUCACAAUUUGAUGAGAUGAAUCUCGUCCCCGGCUCCUUUUCAGAUGCAUAGUUGAUUUAUUUGAUGUAACGCCUACAUUCCAUGCUUCUUCUUUGGAACUGAAUCCACUUCAAAUUUCUGCAAAAUAAUAAUAAUAAUAAUAAUUAAAAAAAAAUGGAAUGAAUUGUUCAAACAAAAAAAAAAAAAAAAAAAAAAAAGAA